CCCCCGCAGAUCCUAGGCCGACGACGACGAGCAUCAUUAGACAACCCGCCAGAAGCCGAGUCUCACAUUUCCCUCGCUGCUGCGGACGCUGUGCCUGCCGCUGCGGACACAACUGCUGGGAGGCAACUCAAGCGAAGGCGACGUGGCGGCGCAAGCAUCAGCAUGCUGUCUGACGGGGGGGACUUGGCCGGGACGUCCAACGGCUCCGGCGUCACCCAGUCGCAGUCGAAUGGCUCCUUUCCUGCAUCCACAACGCAGCGGGAUGCGGCGGCUUCGUUCGCUGCCAACGGCAGCCGAAAGGCCGGCGUCGUGACAAACGGGUCGUCCAACGGCGAGAAGCGUCCAGUCUCACAGCCCGCAACGUACUUUGGACACAGUCGAGAAGAGGUCACGCGGAUACUGAUCCAGGCCCUCAAGGACAUGGGCUAUCAGGCCGCAGCCGACAGCGUCAGCCAGGAGAGCGGCUAUAGCUUGGAGAGCCCAACCGUUGCGGCAUUCCGCUCCGCCGUGCUUGCCGGUGCGUGGGCGGAGGCUGAAGACCUACUGAGAGGGGCAACGGUGGCGGAGGAGAACGACGGCGGAGGUAACGGUCUGGUCCUCACGUCCGGCUCGGACAAGAAUGCUAUGCGCUUCUGGCUCCGGCAGCAGAAAUAUCUAGAGCUCCUGGAGCAGCGAGACACCAGCCGGGCGCUGACCACUCUGCGCGGCGAACUAACACCCCUGAACCACGACAGGGCCAAACUCCACUUCCUAUCGAGCCUGCUCAUGUGCCAGUCGACGGAAGACCUGAUGCGAAAGGCCGACUGGGACGGUGCCCGCGGGCAGUCUCGGAGAAAGCUGCUAUCAGAAUUAUCCAAACGCAUAUCGCCUUCCGUCAUGCUGCCGGAAAACCGGCUGGCCAUACUGCUUCAGCACGUUAAGCAGAGCCAGAUUGACACCUGCCUCUACCACACGGCAGCGUCUUCUCCGUCUCUGUACUCGGAUCACCUCUGUGAUCGACGCAAUUUUCCCUCGGAAUGGGCAGUAGAGCUGGGUGAGCUUGGAGGCGAAGUCUGGUCUGUCCGAUUUUCUCACGACGGCACGCGCCUGGCAGCCUGCGGGAGCCGGGAGCACGUCAAGAUUUGGGACACCCAUACAUAUACUGUCACACACGUUCUCCCAAACCAUGGAGGCGAGGGCGUUGGUGACAUCGCCUGGAGCCCUGACGACUCUAUGCUUGUCACUUGCUCUUUUGACAAGUACGCUCGUCUGUGGGAUGCCAAUACCGGUACCCUGAUCAAGUCCUUGAAACAGUUUGAUGAGCCAGUCAGUGGCUGCGUGUGGUCCUCCGACAGCAGGUCGUUCGUAAUUGGCAGCCUCGAUAAGGUUCAUGGCCUCUGCACGUUCAACGUAUGGGACGAGGAGACGAUCGAAUGGGGCAAGAAACACAGAGUGCAGGAUGUCUGCGGUUCUCCCGAUGGCCGUCUACUGGUAGCAGUCGACGACCUGCAAACGAUUCACGUGUACGAUGCUAACACGCGAGAGCUGGAGUACGAUCUGGAGCUGAAGGCACGCCCGACCUCGGUCAGCAUCAGUCAGGAUUCUCGGCACUUGCUGGUCAAUAGGCAGGACGGCGAGGCUCAGCUGAUUGACCUCGUGACGAGAAACUCGGUGCACAAGUUUCUGGGGCAUACGGGAGGCGAGUUCAUGAUCCGCAGCGCCUUUGGCGGAGCCAACGAGAGCUUCGUCAUGAGCGGGAGCGAAGACGGCAACGUGCUCAUCUGGCACAAGAACAUUGGCGCCGCCGUCGAGCGGCUGCCCGCCCACCAGCCGCGAUGCAACGCAGUCGUCUGGAACCCGGCCGAUCCAUGCAUGCUGGCGUCGUGCGGCGACGACGGCCGCAUCAAGAUGUAA